CCUACCACUUCAAGUUAAGAGAUUGAACAUAACUUCAAAUUAAGGAGAAAGGAAGGGAACAUCAUCAUAUUUAAAAUUCAACUUCAUAAAUAUGAACUUCAGCAAACAAACACAGAACCACCACUUUAUGGAACUAGGGGCUUCUUUCAAAGUAAAUCUUUUCCCAUUUUCAAUUAAAUGAGAUUUUCCUCUACUCCCAGCUCUCCCACAUCCACCUUCUUCAUUCCUUCAUUAAUACAUUUACCCCAUCAAUAAUCAUUUGUCUUCCAUCAUCUUCCACUUACUAUACCUAUGGCAUAGUACCUAUCCUCUAGGAACUUAUAACCCAGGAAAAAAUAAGAUCUAUAUAUAAAUAUCUGGAAAAUCCUAAUUUCAAUAGUAAAUGUCAUAUGAAUAAUACAAACAAUAGAUACCAUGGGAAUUCAUAGAGAAGUGGAUUCAUUUCUGGUUUAGAGUAAUCAGGAAAGGCUCUCAGAGGGUGGUAGACAUGAGUAAAGCUUUGCAGAAUGCUUAGGAUUUCCACAGGCACAGGGAGAACACACCAGGUAAAAACUAACAGCCCAAACUAGAAAGUAGAGGUAGAGAAAACUGGAUGUGUUUGCUUUGAAACUUUUCCUUUCAUCCCCUGACUUUUAUUGACCUGAGUUCUAAGAAAACGUUUUCCAGUAGGCAAAGAGACAAGUUAACUUUGUUCCAGCCUGUUCUCCUGGUCACUAUGAAAAUUCUGUGAGUAACUCCACUUUCAGAAGGGUGUCAUAAAUCCAGGUUGAGAAGAUGAAGAUUGUCUGCCUUCUCCUUCCUCUCUUUUCCCCUUCACUCCACUUCACAACCCAAGAGUAACAAAUGAAUCCCAAUUUCCAUCAAGACCACCAUGCAGGAAAAUCACUCUCUUCAGCAGGCUGAAAGCCUUUUGUUCGCUUGGAACCACAGGGCAAGCCUUCGUCUUUGCAUCUGAAGGGUGACUUUCUAGGCUUGAUGAAGAAGUGUCUGCAACAAGCCAUGUAAGCCCUUGACCCAGAGAGGCCCCAGGCCUUAGGCAUAAAGUCUUCCCAUUGGCGAAGAUGAGAUGAGCAAGGUGGAUCUUAUCUCUCACCACAUCCUGUACCACUUUGGGCAGACAAGGAAUCCUGGUUGAACAGACUGAGAUAACACUUUAUGAACAUUCUUUUCCUGCUGCCUUUGAUGAGAGAGAUCUGAGGGAAGGCCCUCCCUGCUGAGGUCUGAUGAGGACCCACAGGCCAAAAUGUAGUCUGAUUAACAGGCAUCCCAAGCAGUGACUCAAACCAUCGGCGAUUUCAGAGGAAGCUUGUUACGGUGACUCCACAAUUAGUACCACAGCCCAUGUGGCCAGUCAGUCCCGCAGGAGGCUGGACUAAGCACCAUAUAAAAGUCCCACCUUACCGGGCUUCACAGUCCACAGCCUUUGUUGAGUCUUGUUGAAGAUCAGGCUCUGCAAAUCACCCUAAGAUGUCCUUCAGUGAGCAGCAGUGCAAGCAGCCAUGUGUGCCCCCUCCAUGCCUCCAAAAGACCCAAGAGCAGUGCCAGGGAAAGGCUGAGGAGGUGUGCCUCCCCACGUGCCAGCACCCUUGCCAAGAUAAGUGUCUAGUGGAGGCCCAGGAGGUAUGUCUUUCUCAGUGCCAGGAAUUAAGUCAAGAAAAAUGCCCACAGCAAGGCCAAGAUCCAUGCCUACCUCCAUGCCAAGAUCAAUGUCCACCUCAGUGUGCAGAGCCAUGCCAGGAGCUAUUCCAGACAAAAUGUGUGGAGGUUUGCCCACAGAAAGUCCAGGAGAAGUGCUCAUCCCCUGGCAAGGGGAAGUAGCUGCUCAUAUGUCUUCUGGGGUCAAGAAGAUGGCCAGCAGAUGAAACCCUGACCCCAGCCCGUGCUCUGGUGACCUUCUUCUGUGGGUACCUCUGUGUGCAAUGUACCUUCUUGCCUCCUGGCUUCCUUAGCAUUCCAGGACUUGGUCUGUGUCUCUGAAGAUGGUUCUUUCUAUAUUUCAUCAUCCUCUGUGAAUAAGCAUUGUUCUCAGCAGUCUGAUGAAGGUCUCAAAUGCAGGAAUGGUGUGACUGUCAGGGAAGACCACAGAAGCCUAGCACAGCUUCCUUGGUGCAAAAAUUCACCCAGCUCUGGGGGUGUAACAGCCAAGGAUGCCUUCAUUCAUCUUUCAGAGUUUCAGGCUAUCAAAUGAGCCACAAAACAAACUGAAUUCUGACGGACUUUCCACUUAUCACCAACACCACCACCACCACCACCGCCGCCACCAUAGGUGUUGAGACAAAGUGACUUGCAGUGUUUCAAAAAUCAAAAAUUGGUUGAUUUUGUCCCUGUACAUUAAAAAGAACAGGAAAUUAUUGAACAUUGAAAUGUUGGUUGUGCUUUUUUAAAAUGAGCCAAAAGUGUGUAAAUAACUGAAUCCAAACAACCAGAAGGGAAAGAUGAGAUGGAUGUUUGGUGCCCUUGUCAAUCUCUGUGCUUCAUAGCUGGUCUAAUGUGGGCCCUUAGUUCUCACCAUGUACACUCUUUAGAGAUGUGAUUUGUGUCUGUGUGAUGCAGGCUGGUCUGUUCUCCAGCUUCCUUGCCUUCUUCUCCCUGGUGAAGGUAAAAUACAAAAUAAAGCUGAUCCUAAGGCUGAUAUCUGACUUGACGUGUGUUCUCUUUUCUCCACCAUCAAACCCCUCACUGUCCUUGUGAUAACUGUCUCCUCCUUUGGCGGGGGAGGGGAGUAAUCUGAAACAGGAAUAAAAUACAGACCUCACCGGUGCAUAAAACAGCAAUUCCAGAAGAGACCUCCUGAAGGUCACCGAGACCACCCUACCCACAACAUAUCCUAGGUUCACCCACUUGUACACUUCACACAUGAAAAAAUCCAGGAAGGGGCUAGGACCUGCCCACACUCAAAACCUCAGGUCCAGGUUCUUUCUGCUACAACAUCUUUCCUCUCUGAUCCUUGGUUUCCAAAGGAAAGGGCUGAAAUGGAAAGGAGGGGAGAUGUGUGGAAGAAGGAUCCCAAGUUAAUUCAUGACACCUACAAACAUAGCAUCUGUGUCAAAGGAGAGAGCGAAGCAUGCCUCUGAGAUGAAUGCAGACUCGAGAACCAAAACUGUCUGCCCUGCCAUCUGGCCAGGUUUCAGGUAGGCCUGGGGCCUGGGUAACCAGUCUACUGUUCCCUACCCAUGGAGGAAACACAGGCAGUGGCCACUGGGAUUUGUGAACGGGUCAAGAGGGCACUGUACUGACAUGAAAUAGUCACAGGCUGCUCCCUCGGCAGUGGCCCGAGCUCCGACCUGAGCCCCAAGGAAGUUAUGCCAAGGAUCAGCUUCCUGGGAGGAUGUAGCUUCUUACCCAUUCUACCGGUCCCCCUCCCUCCUCAAACCUCUUGAGGAGGAGGUGGAGGGCCGGGAGAGCCCAUCCCUGUAGGGCGUGUGGAGCUCUACGUCUCAGUUGUUUGGAUACACUGAGGGUCACUGAGUUUGUGGGUGACAUGGACCAGGCCCUGAACUCCACGCACAUUCUCUAUGGAGAUUCUAACAGCAGGCUGGGGGAGUUCCUAUGCUGCCCAUUGCUUAGGAACUUGUCAUAAAGCCAGUAAGUGGUGAAGUCAGGAUGCUCACCCAAGUCCCUCUGACUCCAGAAAGGAUCUCUUACUUUUGUAAUGAAAGUGCUAUGGCAUGCAGAAAAGAUUUCCAAAAACUGUCUUC